AUGGGUUCACUUGAUGGUGCGACGCCAUUGAAGAGAGAUCACCGUACGGUGCUUUUUUCAUCAGUGAGGAAUUACAAUGUCGGUGGAGUUUUGGGUUUUUGGCCAAGGCUCAGAUCAAGAUUUGCAAGGCUGGUGUUUUUGCAGAGGAUUAACUAUUUACGAUGGAUUUGCAUAGUAUCUACCAUGUUCUUCUUUAUUUUCCUCUUCCAGAUGCUUUUCUUGCCUGGUUCGGUAAGAGAAGGAGAUAAGUUGAAGAAUUACAAUUUCAUUAAGGAGAAUCUUGGAGGGUUUUCUGAAGAAUUUGCAUUCUUGAAAGAGCUGGAUUUUGGUGACGAUAUAAAGUUUGACAAUUCAAAAAUCUUGGCCAAGUUUCAAAAAGAGGACAUUAUGACUAUUGGUUCAAGAAAUGUAGUGAGAUUUGGAUACAGAAAUCCCAAGCUUGCACUGGUUUUUGCGGAUCUGUCGGUUGACCCUUACCAGAUACUGAUGGUUACUGUUGCAAGUGCAUUGCGGACCAUUGGAUAUGAAAUUGAGGUAUUCUCACUGGAAGAUGGUCCCGUUCACGGUGUUUGGAGAGAGAUAGGAUUUCCUCUCAAAAUCAUGGCAACUGAUGAGAACAGGAAGCUCAGUGUAGAUUGGUUAAACUACCAAGGCGUACUUGUGAAUUCUGUUGGGGCUGCUAGUUUUGUAACUUGUCUUAUGCAGGAACCAUUCAAAAAUAUACCUCUCAUUUGGACCAUUCAUGAACAAGCCCUUGCUACUAGAUUGAGACAGCAUAAUUCAAGUGGAAAAAUAGAGCUUGUCGAUAAUUGGAGAAAAGUAUUCAGCCACGCCACUGUUGUUGUCUUCCCAAACAUUUUUAUGCCGAUGACUUAUUCAGCAUGUGAUACUGGAAACUACUUCGUCAUUCCGGGUUCCCCUGCAGAGGUUUUGGAAGCUGAUAGUUUUAUGGCUUCACACAAUGAUAAUCCACGUCUAAUGACAGAGUACGGACUUGAUGAUCUUGUUGUUGCUGUUGUGGGUAGUCAGCUUUUGUAUAAAGGUCUUUGGCUGGAGCAUGCCCUCAUUUUACAGGCUUUAUAUCCAGUUUUUGUGGACUUUUCAAGUGGUGCCAAUUUGAAUUCCAGUCUAAAAAUCGUCAUCUUAGCUGGUGACGCAACUAGCAACUACACCCGGGUUGUGGAGACUAUUGCACUAAACUUGAGAUACCCAUACGGAACAGUGAAGCGUGUUGCUGUUGAUGACAAUACAGAAAAUGUACUGAAUACUGUUGAUCUUGUGAUUUAUGGGUCCUUCCUCGAAGAGCAAUUUUUUCCCGACAUUUUGCUAAAAGCCAUGUGCUUUGGGAAAACUAUAGUGGCCCCAGAUCUUUCAAUGAUCAGGAAAUAUGUUGAUGACCGGGUGAAUGGCUAUCUUUUUCCGAAGGAGAAUGUUAACGUCCUGACAAAGAUCAUGUUUCGAAUUAUCUCAAAUAGAAAGCUGUCUCCUCUGGCUGUCACUGCGUCGACAAUCGGAAACCAUACAGCUAAGAACCUAAUGGUUUCAGAGAGUGUAGAAGGGUAUGCUUCUCUACUGGAAAACAUUCUUGCUUUCCCGUCUGAAGUUGCUACUUCUAGGAAUGCCACAGAGAUUCCUACAAACUUGAAAGUAGAAUGGCAGUGGCAUCUUUUCAAAGCAAUUGCAAAUAGAUAUUCUCAGAAUGAGACAUUGAAGAACGAUAAAUAUUUGGACAAAAUUGAAAAGGAAUUGAAUCGUGCCCAUAAGGAGAGCAAAAUGGCUCCAAUUGACACAAAUGAUACUCUUUUGUAUAGCAUAUGGGAGGACCAAAAGUAUAUUGAUAUGGCUAACAAGAGGAAAAGAAUGGAAGAAGCAGAGUUAAAGGAUAGAACUGAUCAACCUCGGGGAAUCUGGGAUGAUGUAUAUCGAAAGGCCAGAAGGAUUGAUUGGACUAAGAAUGAAUUGCACGAAAGAGACGAAGGAGAGCUUGAGAGGACAGGUCAACCAUUAUGUAUUUAUGAACCUUAUUUUGGAGAGGGAACAUGGCCAUUUUUGCAUCAAAGUUCACUAUAUCGUGGACUUGGACUGUCCACAAAAGGUCGGAGACCUGAAGCUGAUGAUAUUGAUGCACCUUCUCGUCUUUCAGUAUUGAAUAACCCUUAUUAUCGACACGUCUUGGGAGAGCAUGGAGCUUUUUUCGCAAUUGCUAAACGGAUUGACCGCAUACACAAAAAUGCUUGGAUAGGAUUCCAGAGUUGGAGAGUCACAGCAAGGAAGGAAUCUUUGUCUAAGACUGCCGAAAGAUCGAUAUUGGAUGCCAUUGAAGCUCGCAGAUACGGUGAUAGUCUCUACUUCUGGGCCCGUUUGGACAAGGACCCAAGAAUUACAAUGGAACAGGAUUUCUGGUCGUUCUGUGAUGCUAUAAAUGCCGGGAACUGCCGGUUUGCGUUCUCCGAGACUCUCAAGAAGAUGUAUGGCAUAAAGCACGACUUGAGUUCUCCUCCACCUAUGCCUACAGAUGAAUACACUUGGUCCGUCAUGAAUUGCUGGGUUUUGCCGACUCGGUCCUUCUUAGAAUAUGUUAUGUUUUCAAGAAUGUUUGUGGAUGCACUCGAUUCUCAAUUCUACGAAGAACAUCACAAAAGUGGGAGUUGUUACCUAAGUCUAUCCAAGGACAAGCAUUGCUACUCUCGGGUGCUUGAGUUACUAGUAAACGUUUGGGCGUACCAUAGUGCAAGAAGAAUGGUGUAUGUGGACCCGGAGACGGGUUUUAUGCAAGAGCAGCAUGAGUUCAAAAGCCGGAGAGGUCAAAUGUGGGUGAAAUGGUUCAAAUUUAGCACCCUUAAGAGCAUGGACGAGGACCUGGCCGAGGAGUCGGAUCUUGACCAUCCAAAGAGGCGGUGGUUAUGGCCGUCAACAGGCGAGGUUUUCUGGCAAGGUAUCUACGAGAGAGAGAAGAACCAAAGAAUACAAGAAAAAGAAAGAAGGAAGCAACAAAGUAGGGAGAAAAUUAAACGGAUGAAGAAACGACAUCAUCAAAAAACAAUUGGGACGUAUGUGAAGCCUCUGCCAGAUGAGACGGAGUCGAAUUCAACAGCCGUUGCAGUCCCGCUUUUGAGGUAG